GUUUGUAUUCACAUAGCGAAGGCGCGUUAAGCAAAAGAAUUAAGAAAAAAUAUCAAAAGCAGUACGUGCAGAUUUAAACUGUCAAAAAAGCAGAGGAAUCAUAAUCAAAAGACCUGAAAGGAGAACAAACAUGAUGAAAGUAUUUGCGAGCAUUUGUCUGCUGGUCGUGCUGGUUGCCGUUAACCAAGCCCAGGCUGAAUCCCUUGUAUCUACCAAUCAUGGAAGUGUAAUGCAAGAAUUGAAUAAGCAAAAGAAUGAAAAGGUGCAAGAGAAUGAAAAUUUGAAUUGCAAUGUCAGAACCAACGCCAUCUUCAAGGCCUGGCCGGACAUGAAGACACCUUGUGUCAACAGCAUGCGCAAGCAGAUCCAGAAGGAAAUCCAUGCCUCGGUUCAGUAUCUGGCCAUGGCUGCUCACUUCUCCACGGACACUGUCAAUCGUCCUGGCUUCGCUGAGCACUUCUUCAAGGCCGCCAAGGAGGAGCGCGAACAUGGCUCCAAGCUGGUCGAGUACUUGUCCAUGCGUGGUGAGCUCACCGACACCGUCAAGAACCUCAUCCAAGUGCCAACUGUUAAGACCGCCAACUGGAGUGGCAUUGCUGCUUUGGAGGAUGCCUUCAAGCUAGAAACUGAGGUGACCAAGUCCAUUCGCGACUUGAUCAAGACCUGCGAAGGCACUGGCAAGGACGAUAACGAUUACCAUCUGGUUGAUUAUCUGACUGGCGUGUAUCUGGAGGAGCAGCUGCAUGGCCAACGCGAGCUCGCCGGCCAGAUUACCACCCUGGAGAAGAUGAUGAGCACUCACGGCGAACUGGGCGAGUUCUUGUUCGAUAAGAACAUGUAAGCUGCCCACGCUCAACUCAUUGAUAGUAUCAACUGUGCUCUUCAAAAGUUAUUAUUUUAAAUUUACUGUUACUAGCCGCAGAAAAAAAAAACAAAUCAAAUCAACAUAAGCCCAUCAAGUAUUUGUUAUCUCUACACACAUUUCGCCCAAAAAGUCCAUAAUUAAAUCAUUUUAAAAAUUUAAAACCCAUCAUUUUUUUUUCGUUUGGUCAAUAAAUAUUUCCCUCUGAACUCGGUUUCAUUCCAAUGCACA